AUGUGUCAACAAAAGUUUCUAAGCAUGAAUGUUUACCGAAUUUUAUUUGUAAUUGGUUGUUUUGAUAUUUUGAGUAUGAUUCCAAACUCGAUUUUACCAGGCUACUGGUUGAUUACAGCUCAAUCUUAUUGUCAAAGUCCUUUACUGAAUCUUUAUCUUGGAGCGUUAUGCUUUCCCGCUUGGGCAGCCUAUGUCGGUUUAAACAUCUCACUGGUGACCAAUCGACUCGUCGAUUUUACAUGGCCCAAAUUACAAGAGACUCUAUUUGGUGGGAAAAUGAUCAUUUUAUGGACUGGACUCCCGAUUUUAUAUGGCUUAUUUCUUUAUUGUCAAUUUCCUUCAAUGCUUUACUACCCAAAAACAGGAAGUUAUUAUUUUGGAGCUGAUCCGGAAAAGGCGCAGACUCCACUUUUCUAUCCAAUAAGUGAUGCUGGUGUUGCUGGUGUUAUGAUGUUAUUGAAUUUGUUGAUGAUACGAGCCAUGUAUAUUAGAAAUCUCAAUAUGAUGUCGAAUUUGCAAAAAGUGGUAAGGGAAAAGGUU